AUGGCUACUGACGCCAGCACGCUUGAGGAGCUACAUAGCGAGCUCACCUGUCCAGUGUGCCUCGAGCUCUUCCGUGAGCCGGUGAUCCUCGAGUGCGGACACCACUUCUGUCGCGUGUGCAUUACGCAGUGCUGGGAGGCCAAGUACGAUGAACACCCGACCUGCCCGAAGUGCCGAAAGACAUGCGCUCCGAAGCUGCGCCCCAACUCGCUUCUGUGUAACGUCGUGGACAGCGUGAGGAGAGCUCGAGCCACGGAUGGGAAACCCGGGGACCAGGAGAGCUCACAGGAUACUGAAGAACGGCAACGGGGGGGCAUUAUGCCCAGCUCCGGGUUCAGUUUCACCGAUUUUUCUCCGCGCCUCGAGUCAGACCUGUGCGAGGAGCACGAGGAGAAGUUGAAGCUAUUCUGUGAGGAUGAUCAGCUCGCGAUCUGCCUGGUGUGCGGGAUGUCCCGAGACCACAAGACGCACAAUGUCAUCCCCAUCAACGAGGCGUUCGAGAACUACAAGGACAAGCUGUCCAGAGCCCUGGAGAGAGUAAUGAUCCAGACUGAACAGGCUUCUCUCUAUCAGGUCCAGACCAACAACAAGAUCAUGCUCAUCAAGGAGCAUGCUGGAGACAUAGAGGAGCAGGUGAGUGCAGAGUUUGGACGCCUGAGGGAGUUCCUUCUCCAGGAGGAGGAGAGAGUGAAGGAGAGACUGCAGCGGGAGAAGGAAAAGAGGCUCAACCAAUUGGAGGAGGUCCUCAAACACACCACAGAGCAAAUCGGCCAGUUAGAGCAAACUGCCGACCAGCUCCGCGUCAAACUCCGAGAGAACGAGAACCCGGCACAACUCCGGGGAAUCAAGGAUUUUAUCGGAGGAGCGGAGAUUAUGUUUGAGCGACCCCCGGAGGUGUGUGUGGAUCUGCCGGAGGGGGAGUUCCUGGGACCACUGCAGUACCGCACCUGGAGGAGGAUGAACGCUGUCCUUCAGCCAGGUGUGACAGCGGUGACUCUAAACCCAGACACCGCCUACCCCAGGCUGUGGGUGUCCACGUGCUGCACCCAGGUCAGUGUCGGGGACAUCCAGCCCAACCUGCCCAACAACGCUGAGCGCUUCACGCGCUACAACAUUGUCCUGGGAAGCCAGGCCCUCACCUCAGGGCAACACUACUGGGUGGUUGAGGUGGGCACCAAGACGGCCUGGGGGUUGGGGGUGGCGGCCGCCUCGGUCAACAGGAAGGAUGAGAUUAGCCUGUGUCCCGACGACGGCUUCUGGACCCUGGUGUUAAGAGAGGGGCGGGGAGGGAGCGAGUACGAGGCCUGCACCAACCACGAGGAGAGCCUGUUGCACCCCCCUCGCUCCCCCAGGAGGGUAGGGGUGUACCUUGACUACGGGAGGGGUGUGGUGGCGUUUUACGACGCUGGGGAUAUGAGUCACCUGUUCACGUUCUCCGACGCCACGUUCACAGAGCCGGUGUUCCCCUACUUCAACCCCUGGCCAAUCAUCAAAGGGAGAAACCGUGAGCCUCUUAUCAUUAUUAGCCCGGACCCGGAGGUAAAAGCAGCGAUCAGUAAGAAGGUCCAGAAACAGCAGAAUAAGCAGAGGAGGCGGUCCAGUGAGCAGAGUGGAGUCUCUGAGGUCUCAGCGGCUGGAGUCAAGCCCCCCCAUGGUAUGAGGUACAGACAGAACUCCACCCCCUUCCCCGUGACAGCGAGAGACAAAGAGAGGGGUACAGGGGACGAAGAGGAGGAUCUGGAUGUGGAGGACAAGGUGGCAGAUAUGAUGAGGUCGGGUGGUCAGAAGCAGCAAAAGAAGGAGCCGAUAGACCUGCUGCCUAUAAUGGACCCAGCUUUCGGACCGGGUUCAUGUGGUAGCAGCAUGAGGAUUUAA